AUGAGGACUACGUUUGUUACCGGCGUGCUGUUUGUAUUGUGAUGCUGAGCUGAGGCGCUUCCUGGAAGCCCUGAAGAGCCAUGGGAAGGGACAGGAGCAUCUCCCGACAUUUUCGGAUCUUCAUCCCCAAGAAGCACCGAGAACGCUUUGACGAUGUGGUGUCCCAGAGCCUGAUCGGCCGACUGAAGGGGCGGAGUUUCAGUGACCCCAGCCGUAACCGGCUGCGUCGGAGCCGUAGCGAGGACCACCCGGAGCGCCUGCUGGUUUCCACCAGGGCCAGUUCGGUCCCCCGCACUCACGCCGAGGAGGGCGCGGCACUUCCAGCCCGCGGGCUAAGGAAGACCACCUCACUCAUCGCUGGGCACGCCGGCGCCGCUACCACCAAUCGCAGGACUGUGAGAGUGUGCAAGGGGAACCUGAGUUUUGGCUUCACCCUUAGAGGCCAUGCCCCAGUGUGGAUUGACUCAGUCAUCCCAGGGAGCCCAGCAGAGAAGGCCGGCCUCAAACCUGGGGACCGCAUUUUGUUCUUGAACGGCCUCGAUAUGAGGAGCUGCUCCCAUGAGAAGGUGGUCUCCAUGCUCCAAGGUAGUGGAGCUAUGCCCACCCUGGUGGUGGAGGACGGGCCUCCCACCUUCACCCUAGCCGAGUCAGACCUGGCCGGAGGUGGGGGUUUGGGAGGCAGCAUGUCGGAGUGUGCCCGCUCCCCGGUGCUCAGCUCUCUGCAGUGGGUGGCAGAGAUCCUCCCUGCCAGCAUCCGGGUCCAGGGGAGGACCUUUGGGCAGCAGCUGGAGCACCUGCUCACCAUCCAGGAGAGGUACACCAUUUGCAAGGCCCUGGAGAACUUCUUCCAGCACCGGAACGUUGACACGCUGAUUGUGGAUGUGUUUCCGGUGUUGGACACGCCAGCCAAGCAGGUCAUUUGGCAGUUUGUCUAUCAGCUGCUGACCUACGAGGAGCAGGAGCACUGCCAGAACAAGAUCUCACGCUUUCUGGGCUUCAAGGCUGCAGCAGCUCCUCCUCCAGGGCCAGAGCCUGCACCUGAGCCCCAUCGUCGUAGCAGCUCCAUGAGAGUGACAGGCACCACCUACACCAGGAACAGCGUGAGAGGGCGGAGUUCCGACGACCUGGUCAUAGGCACACACCUGGGAAUGGGGGUCCGUGCAGAGCCCAUGGAGAUGGGCAUGAGGCUGGCACCAGGAGAAAGGCAGUCUGGAGACGGCACCUCUCUUCCCGAGACCCCCAACAACCUCACCAAUCUGUCUGCAGUGUAUGCUGAGCUGGAGAACAUGUACUCAGGGAAGAGGUCCAAGUCCCUGAAGAGCCGUGCUCCUCCGGCCCCCGAGAGCAUUCUAGAACUGGAGUCCCUCUCACUCGUCAACUCGCCAUCCAUGCAUGCCAACACAGGUGGCCGUAAGGUCCCUCCACCCCCCUCCUCUUGGCCAGAGCCCCUCCCCAGCCUCCCUGCCCCAUCUCAGUUCUACCCCCAGGGGCUAACCAGCCAGACCAGCGCUGAGUCCAACCCCUACAUCAGCUUGGACAGCCCUCCUCCUUCACCUCCGGACCCCCCAGACUACCCCGCUAGCCCGCCAAACCCCCGCAGCAGCAAGAGACGGUACACCUUCUCCCACCCCCCUCGCUCUGAGGACACGGACCGCUUCCUCAACGCGCUGAGCGAGCAACUGGGACAGAGGGUGGCCAUCGUCGAUGACUUCCUGUCCCCCGAAAACGACUUCCUGUCCCCCGAAAACGACUAUGAGGAGGUGGGCAUGGACGAUGAAGAGGACGGGGGUUUCCUACCCCCGGAGCUGAGCAGUCCCAGCGAGGCGCACAGCAGCAGCGGAGAGGACGCGUCCUCGCUGACCUACUCCUCGUCCUCCGAGCACAUCCCCCCGCCGCCCUUGACCCCGCCUCCGCCCCCGCCCGUCCAGUUCAACGACCCGCCCCCUCCUCCUCCCCCCCCCGCCGAUGCAGCAGCGGCAUCACUCACCCACUCUCUCUCUGACCCGUCAGAUCACCUGGGGCCCCCGCCCCCUCCACCCUUGCCCCCUCCCUGCUCCCCGCCCCCUUUGCCCCACCCCUCCCCUCAGAGGAUGGACUCCAAUCACAUGAGUGUGAAGAGGCUGCGCUGGGAGCAGGUGGAGAAGUCAGAGGGCACCAUCUGGGGACAGUUAGGUGAGGAUUCAGACUAUGACAAACUGCAUGACAUGGUGAAGUAUCUGGACCUGGAGCUUCACUUUGGGACCCAAAAGAGCCCUAAGCUCGCCCCUCAGCCUGAGUCAUUUAAGAAGAAAGAUGUGGUGGAGAUUCUCUCCUACAAGAAGGCCUACAAUGCCUCUAUCCUGAUUGCCCACCUGAAGCUGUCGCCGGGUGAACUUCGACAGGUUCUGAUGACCAUGUCCACAGAUAGGCUGGAGCCCGCCCACAUCAAGCAGCUGCUGCUGUAUGCCCCAGACGCAGAGGAGGUCAAGCAGUAUGAGCAGUACAGACAGGAACCCAGCAAACUGAGUGAACCAGACCAGUUUGUACUGCAGAUGUUAUCUGUACCAGAGUAUAAAACCCGUCUGCAGAGUCUGCAUUUCAAGUGCUCCCUGCAGGAAAAGACAGAGGAGAUGAGAGGAGGGUACGACUGCAUCUACAAGGCCUCAGUGGAACUCAAGACCAGCAAAAAGCUGGCCAAGAUCCUGGAGUUUGUGCUGGCAAUGGGGAACUACCUUAACAACGGACAGCCCAAGACUGGCAAAACCACCGGCUUCAAGAUCAACUUCCUCACUGAACUCGGUACCACAAAGACGGUGGAUGGGAAGUCAACCUUUCUGCACAUCCUUGUCAAGUCGUUGUGUCACCACUUCCCUGAUGUUUUGGACUUUGCCAAGGACCUCACCAUGGUUCCGCUUGCAGCCAAGGUGAACCAAAAGACCAUCACGUCUGACCUAAACGACCUUCACACCACUAUCCAGGAGAUCAGAUCUGCCUGUCAGAAGAUGCCUGCUACCCCCGAUGACCGCUUUAGUGCCAUUAUGAGUACUUUUCUGGAGAACAGCCACCCGGCAGUCCAGUCUCUGGAGUCACUCCAGCAGAGAGCCAUGGAGGAGUUUGCCAAGACCGCAUCCUUCUUUGGAGAGGACGGCAAAAUCACCAACACAGAGGCCUUCUUUGGCAUCUUCUCUGACUUCAUCAACAAGUUUGAGAGAGCACUGAGUGAGCACCAGACAUCUGAGGGCCUGAAGAGCCCCAGGAGUCCACGAAUGGCCUCUCCACUAGCCUGGUAAUAAGGCUGCACACACACACUCACCCACACACAGGCAUCUUGCUACAUCAUGUUUUUUUUGGAAUGUCUAUCUGCAAUAGAGACUGAGUCUGAGUUAGACUUCUGAGUUAGACUUCAAUAGCUAUCUUUAAACCAAUGGCUGUGAAUAACACUGUUCAGAAUUAGAAUGGUGCAAUUUCCAUUGCAAGGCAAAAAACUAUUGGGUUUGGAAUAAAGUAAUUUGUAAAUAUUAAGCCAAUGAAUGAUGAGGAAAUAGCAGUAGUGUAAGCAUCAACUGAGAAAGUCUUUCAAUGAACAGUACAAAAAAUGACAGUUAAUGCAUUUGUUUUAUUGCUCUGCCUGUCAUUGCAAUAGCCAAAUGUUUUUUGUAAAUAUGGUAUGAGCAAUUUCACAAAAAUAUAAAAGUUAAGAAUCCAUGCAACACCGCAUUAAGGUUACGUUAAUGACCAUUUCUCUACAUAGCAAUACUUGUUGCAAAAACCUUGGACGUGCAUAGGAAUUGCUGUGAAAACGGAUUAAAUUGACCUAAGUGUUUGCGGUAUAGGUUAUUACAAAAGUGUAAGAAGGAAGUACAGGGGAGGAGUGUUGUGGUAAGUGAAUCUCAUAAAGGCGCAGUUGAAGGUUGUGUUACCAAAAACAAUCCACUUAACCCCUGGAUAGCCCCUACUCCCGUAUCAAGUUUUAAUAACUUGUACCACUAAUUUGUAGUUGUAACUACAUAGUAGAACCUUUGUAACUACAAUGUUAUUACUAUACGUACUGAUAUGGAGUUAAUGUAACCUUAAUGUUAAGUGCUGCCCAUAUCUUUAAGAUAGAAAAUAA